AAACAAGACAACAAUCUAUUUAGCUUCGCUUUAACUAAUGCCUCUAAGAUCAACUUUAGAAUCCAUGCAUACUAAACCUCCUGCUUCUAUUUAAGUUAUCUGACCUCUCUUAGUCUAAACUUUCUGACUUUCUAUUUAAAAAAAGUCAAAUUGAUUUACAAACAAUUUAUUUUGGGAAAACCCAUGAUGCAGGGCUGUCGUGUGGCUUAUAGGAGGCGUGUUCAGUUCAGGUGUGCACACUUUUCAUUCUUCCAAUAAGUAGACGGAACAUAUUGUCUAAUAGACUGCAAUACUAGCUGAAACAUGCAAAGACUAUCAAUUGGAUCUAGAUGAAACCCCGAAACAUUCGGCAGGUGUGUGAUGAAGUCACUUUAAGGAAUAAACAUUCAUGUUUUUGGUAAUAUUUGGGUAUAAUACAAACAGACUGUUGCCAGAGUCAAAGAGGUUAUGAGCGUGUUAAUAUCCCAGCCUAUUCCGAUCAUCACCAUCCCUAUUAGAACUAAAUGGGUUUUUCAAAAUUAUGUGGUUUAAUUAUCAUUACUGUGAGUAUGGGAAAUACAAUUAUAGUAAGAAAAUGCGUUAGAUUCCUGUUAAGUCUGCAGCAAUAAGACAGGAAACACGAUAGAAGUUAUUUUCUAUCUCAAUAAGGAUAUCAGGAUUAAGCCAUUUUUUCUCUGAUUUAAUAAAUAAUUAUAAACUUAAUAACCAUGUAUAGUUUUGUAUAACUGUGCAAACUGAAAAAUUACUUGGCAAAUGCAAAAGUGAGUAUGUUCUCCCUUAAUUAAUUGAAAUAAGAAGCCUUCAUUAAAAAAUAAUUGUUUUAAAAUGUUCUUGUUAGUAAUUCAAAUCAGGUGACUUUGUCACAAUAUGAUAUAAUGAAUUGAAAGACCAUACACUAUCAUCGUGUUUUAUUAGAUAUAGUUCAUCAUAUUUUUGGUUUUAGAGAAGUUCAGACAUAUCUGAAUGGGGAGUAAUUCUACAGCUUAACAAUUUACCUUUCAUCCCUGUAAAAAAUGAUAUCUGACUGAGUACAUGGGAAAGGACACAUCUUGGAAAAGAUCAUUCUGGACAGAAUAGACAAUGAUGUGUGGAAAUGUAAUUUUGUAUAUGAGUCGGUCAUUUAAAUGUGUAUAAUUAUAAUUAUCUCCGAUAUUCAAUGUCAUCACACCUUUAAAGCACUCCUUAAAGAUAUACAGGCAGAUUGUUGGAGCGGAAAGCGUCUCCACCACUGGUUUAUUGUCAACCCUUGUCACACACCCUUGUCCCACGCGUAUUAACAUGGCAGCGUUUAAAGUAAUUGACGUGGAUUAAAAUUGGAAUCAAAACUUUUCAGGAUUAAUAAUUAGAUGGAAGACCAUUGAUGCCUGCCAGCUACAGAGAGUGGGGCCUUUUGCUCCCUACAGGGGAAGACCUAUCGAAGCUCCCUCUAGUGGUGGAGACGUGCGUCGACGAGUCGCUGGUAUUGCAGGUUGAAAGUUCUCAAAGCUCCAAUGAUCUAAUUCCUUACAAGUAGAGUCAAUGUAAACCAAUACAAAACGUAGCAAAUGUAUUUAAAAUUCCAUGGAGGUUUGAAAAAGAGGCCUAGUGACCCGUGCUCAUUCAUUUUCAAACGUUUGUUUUGCAAAAUGCACUUCUGCAGGUUCUUAGUGUUUUGUACUUUGGAUAGAAUAUAGAUAAUUUAUAACUAAUAAAAUAACGUUUACAGAGGGCUGCCAUGCUUUGAUUUAGAAGCAUGUUGGUUUUUCAUUGCCUCAGCAAAGUGAAGGCAUCUUCAUCAACUUGGCAAAAGCACCCCAGACCUCCUUGAUGGCCGCAUCGAACCACUGAAAAAGUGUCACGCGGAACGCCCAAGACGCACAAGCGAGCGACCAUUUUUACCAUUACCAAACACCCGUGGGGCUUGUUGUGAUUAGGCCGAAUUUAUUCUUGCCAUAUGUCUGACGUGCGUUGGCCCCCCAGAGAUGAAGACGCGUCCAUCCUGAGCAGGAUUUAUCUAUAAAUGCGACGCGCUGUGUCCGUGUUGCCGCGGAGCGCCAAGAUGCUUCUAAACGCCACCAUCCCUCUGUCGGUGAACUUCGACACCUGGGAGGACUACCUCAUCUUCACCUUCCACAUCCUGUUCGCCACGUGCGCCGUGCCGAUCGCCGCCUCGGUGGUCGUCGCCAUCUCUUGCACGCGCUCCCUGCGCGGCCAGAACCGUUUCAUCUUUAUGCUGAACACGAGCGUGAGCGACACGCUGACCGGCUUCUCGGUCUACUACCUCGGCCUCUUCGACGUCCAAGAGGGCUACCCGUCCAGAAACGGGACCUACUACAUCUUCCCCUCCUUCCUCGGAGUCAACGUGCUGACCUUCCUCUUCGCCCAGUUCGACCGCUACUUCGCCGUGUGCCACCCGUUCUUCUACAACCGCCACGUAACCCGAGCUGUGGUCAUCGGGAUCUGCGCCUUCUGCUGGAUCUACACGUAUUCCAUCCUCACCGUGCAGAACCUUGUGCCCAUCUCGAAGGCGGCGCAGAUCAACGCGUUCGGCGUGAUGACCCUCCAGAUCAUAGUUUUCGUCAAGGUGUUGAUGACGAUCAAGCUGUACAUCAUAGCCCGGAGCCACCUGGGGAGGGAGGUGCCCAGCCCGGAGCGCGACAACAAGAAGGAGUCGCUGCGCGUCAUCGUGUUCGUGGUCAUCUCCUUCCUGGCGCUGUGGUGUCCGUCCUUCAUCAACAUAAUAGUGAGGCAGCUGACGCAGAAAGGUAUGAGGUUCAGGAACGAGGCCACCAAUCUGUUCGCAAGUAUGGCCCGCCUGAACGCGCUCGUGACCCCGUCAGUGUACAUCUGGGGCAGCCCGGCGCUGCGGGGGGCCGUGUGGAGGACUGUGUGGCGGAGGGUGUUCUGCUGCCGCCGGAGGGCGAGAAUCGGCUUUCACUUGGACGGAGUGAGGAAACAUUGAUGAUGAAACAGCAUCAUGAGGAGAAAUUGUUGAAGAGAAUUACUCUCUCAUCUAUACCGGAUAUAGGUCAAACGAGAGGUAUUUCAGGCAAUCAAUACAGGGAUAUAGACUCAGACAUUUCUUACACUUCUUUUUGGAAACAAUAUUUUAUUCACAGGAAUCAAUAAACUGGUUAUAUUUGUGAUAAAAGCCAUUGCAAAAUUACAGAAUAACACGUAAGGUGUUUUUUUAAACAACUAUCUCUGAAAUAAUCAUCAUUUAUUAAAAAAACAUUCCGUCAUGGUUCGUCGUGACCGCUGGCCAGGGCGCUGAUCCCGCAUCAGGGCGCACGAGCUGACGUUUAAUUGUUCGGAACCACAGGGGCCCGAGUUUGCCGGUAUAAAGCUCGCUUGGUUUCUCUGAUGUUUGGGGGACAAUCUAUCUUUGUUUGCAACGUUUGGUUGAACCAAAAACUUUGAAGUGGAGCUCUCCUUGGUUCUGGAUUGAGGUUUUUUUCACUUGACGUAGAGUUCCUUGCAGUUGCCCCGUCGCAGAUGAUGUGAACACAGUUGCAUUUGAAAUGUAACUAAUGUCACAGUAACCUGGUAAAUGUAAAUCAGAUGCUUAUUAUUGCAGAAUAACGAGGAGCAGGACGGCAGCGUUCUUCCACAGCAGGUUGUUCGUACUUCCAGGCCCGCGGUAUUGCGCUGCUUGUAGUUUUUGUGCCUAUCCUGUCUCUUAAACAAUGACAUUCAUUUUCAUUGUUAGUCAUUUACAAAAUCAAGUAUGUUAUGUCUGUAUGGUCAAUAUGAGGAUACUGUUCAAAAUGUUCAUGUAUAUUUAAUACGAGACAAGUCAUUUUUGUAUGCAUUAUCGAAUGGUUAGUCAUUGUGUUCUAUAAAUAAAAUACUAAUACUAUUU